UCGUGCUCCCUGUUUCUGUUCCUAUGUUUUUUUUUUUUGUUCUGGUUUUUUUUUUCAAUGAAGAACAUCAAUAAACCACCAGCACCAUCUUUGAAAUGACCUUCUUUUUCACCAUUUCCCUCUUGAUCCUCACCGCCGCUACCAUCCAUGUUGUCGCCGCCAUCGGCUCAGCCUCCACGGUUGCGGUCGUAUACGGCACAGGCACCAUAUGUGGUAUCAUAGCUAACGAGCCAACCCAACGAGUCCAAUGUUACCAAAACGGACUCAAACUCGACGUUUCGGUAUCACCCAACGUAUCAUUCGAAUCAAUCUCCGGUGGCAAAACCUUCUUUUGUGGACUUAGAUCAGGUGGAUUCAGUCUCCAUUGUUGGGACACUCGAGCUUUGUUCAACCCAAAGCGUAUAUAUUUAAACUAUAAUGUCUCGUUGACCGACUUAACCGUCGGUGUUGACCAUGUUUGUGCUAGAGAGGUAAGUUCCGGCAUAGCUAGGUGCUGGCGAGGGAACCGUGGUUCACCAUUUUCAUCACCUGGUGAUGGUUUAAAGUUCAGUAAGAUCACAUCAGGGAAUGGUUUUAGCUGUGGGAUUUUGAUGAACAGUAGUAAAGUUGUUUGUUGGGGUUAUAAUGAAAUUAGUGUUGAAAUCCAAACUCAGUUUGGUAACUUGUCUAUGUCGAAUUUAGUUGCAGGAGAUUCCCAUGUUUGUGGAUUGACCAAGACAGGAUUCCUUGUCUGUAAAGGAACCGGCCAACUCGAUGUUCCAACCAGUUCGGCUUUUGAAUUCACCGGUUUAACAUCAGGACGGGGUUUCGGUUGCGGUAUCCAACGAAGAAACGGUUUGGUUCAAUGUUGGGGAAGCGGUGAUAAUAAUAGAGUUAAGGAUGUUUCAUUUGAAACCAUUGUUGCUGGUUUGGAUUUCAUUUGUGGGUUAACAACAAGGAAUUUGACAAUUAUUUGUUGGGGAAAUGCCUUUACAAGUGAUGUUCCUGUUCCAAUGGUGAUUCCAGGUCCAUGUGUUAAAAGUUCAUGUAAUUGUGGUACUUAUUUGAAUUCUGAGACACUGUGUUAUGGUUCAGGCAACAUUUGUAAACCGUGUCAAACCGAGCUUCCGAUCCCUGUCCCGAUAAAGCCGGUACCAUCACGAGGAUCUGAGCCGUCAAAAGGGAUUAACAAGCUUUCAAUGGCGUUUUUGAUUGUGGGAUCAGUUGGUGCUUUUGUAGGGAUUUGCAGUGUUCUUUACUGUUUAUGGCAAUGGAAAUGUGGGUCUUGGCUUUGCAGGUCAAAUAGUUCCGUGCAACCCACGGUAGCUAAUGAUGCUAUUGCUCCACCACCUUUAAGAUCAUUUUCGCUUCGACACAAUAGUUCGAGGAGACUCAGCCGGCAACGAAGUGGGUCGUCGUCAUCGAAACAAGCGGAGAAAACCCAAAGCUUUUCGUUCUCGGAGCUCGCCGAUGCUUCCAACAACUUCUCGAUCAAAAACCGUAUCGGUUCCGGGAGUUUCGGGGUUGUUUAUAGAGGCAAACUUCGAGACGGUCGUGAAGUUGCUAUUAAAAGAGGCGAAAACGACUCAUUAGAGAAAAAAGCAAAGAAGUUCCAAGAGAAGGAAACCGCGUUUGAAUCGGAAUUAGCUUUGUUAUCGAGGCUGCACCAUAAACAUUUAGUGGGAUUAAUUGGAUUCUGCCAAGAAAACGACGAGAGGCUUCUGGUUUACGACUACAUGACUAAUGGUUCACUCCACGAUCAUCUCCAUAACACGAACAACAUCGAAAAAGGAAGCAGCGAACUAAACUCUUGGAAAAUGAGAAUCAAAAUUGGGUUAGACGCGGCAAGAGGGAUUCAUUACCUUCAUAACUAUGCAGUACCACCUAUAAUUCAUAGGGACAUAAAGUCCUCCAACAUACUAUUAGAUGCAAAUUGGACCGCUCGAGUUUCGGAUUUCGGAUUAUCGUUGAUGGGACCGGAAUCCGAUCAACAAUUCAUGUCAACCACCGCAGUCGGUACGGUUGGGUACAUAGAUCCUGAAUACUACGUCCUAAAUGUAUUGACACCAAAGAGCGAUGUUUACGGCUUAGGUGUGGUAUUGUUAGAGCUUUUAACAGGAAGAAAAGCCGUUUUUCGAAACAGAGAAGACAGAACUGGACCAAUGGGGGUAGUCGAAUACGCCGGCCCAAGGAUAUCAACCGGGGAUCUCCAGUCGGUGCUCGAUACAAGAGUCGGGGUGCCAGAGAUUCACGAGGUCGAGGCAGUGGAAUUAAUGGCUUAUACAGCUAUGAAUUGUGUGAAUUUGGAAGGAAAAGAAAGGCCUAAUAUGACCGACAUUGUUGCCAAUUUAGAGAAAGCUUUAACGCUUUGUGAGAAUAGUCAUGCUAGCCUUUCAUCUACUACAAUUUCACUUCCUUCAGAUUGAAUUUUUUAAUUGCAUUUUAGUCCUUUCUUUUUGUCAAAAGAAACCCAGAAUUUUGAUUCUUAUUUAUGAUUCUUUGAUUUGUAAAUGAAUGAUUAAAAAGAUUGAAAAAGAAAGUGAACAGAAUGUGUUCUUGGAUUACGGUC